GGCCGUGAUGGCGGGACGCGGUGGCUCCGCGCUCCGCCGCUGCUGCUGCAGGCAGGAGGAGGAGACCCAGCCCGAGUGCACGGGAGCCACCGUCUCGCUCUGACGCCGCCGCGGCUGCGCUCGCCUUGGCGUUGUGGCGCGGCGCAUGGGCGGGGAGCGCGGCUGAGAUGAUGUAUGGCGUUUCUGAAAAACUACUCGACAAAUUGGGAUGCCUUCAACAUGUGUGCAGUCUCGCCACGGGAGAGAUGAGCGAUCCGGGCGGCUUCGUGUUCGAGUCCGCGGAGCACGGCGCCGGCGUGCUGCGGCGGCUCGACGCGCAGCGGGAGCGCGAGCUGCUGUGCGACGUCACGGUGCGCGCGGGCGAGCGGCGGUUCCCGGCGCACCGCGCCGUGCUGGCCGCGUGCAGCGACUACUUCCUGUCGGCGCUCGGCUGCCAGCCCGAGCCGCGGCCCACGCUGUCCCUGCCCGCCGAGGUCACGGCGGCUGGGUUCGACCCCCUCCUGCAGUUCGCCUACACAGGGAAGCUGUUUCUGAGCCGCGACAACUUUGCGGAUGUGUCCCGCUGCGCGUCGCUCCUGCGCGUCCACGACCUCGAGGAGGCCUGCUUCGAGUUCCUCGCCUCCAAGCUCGCGGGACCUCGCCAUGGCCCCGCCACUCCCACCGGCGGCGCCCCGUCCACCUGCCCCCUCCCCCUCUCGGACCGCGUGCGCUACCAGCAGGCCGCGGCGCGGGCGUGGGACGGCCGAGGCGACGAGCGGGGGGAUGGCGGCGCCGCGCGCUCGCCGGUGGCGCCCUACCGACCCGCGUCGGCCUGCGGCCCGGUCCUGUGCGGCGCGGCCAGCGGCCGCGGGGAGGCCGCCCCGGGCGGGCCGACGCAGCGGUGCGAGCGGAGGCCCCGCAGCCCCAAUAGCCCCGAGUCGAGCUGCGAGCGCGAGGAGACGCUCGCCGAGGACGAGCGCCCGAAUGCCAGGCUGGCGUUGGCGACGCCAUGUUUCCAGAACUCCCAGAGGUGCGGCCUGACCCCGCGGGCCGCGCAAUGCCAGCGCCGGCAUCAAUGUCCGGGCGACGUCGGUCAGGAGGAUCUGGCCAGCGGCUUCGCUAAUUCAUCGCCGUGCUCGCAAACGGACGCAGCCAAGGCCAGCAUCAUCACCUGCCCGCAGGCCUCCGCACGAAGGUUCUGCGGUUCCCGGGAGCCCCGGUUCUCCCCGCAGCGGAGUACGGGGACUCCCGAGUACGGAGGGGAGAAUGCGCACGAGGGGGGAGUGGGUUCGACGGCGCCCGAAAAACCCUGCGGGCCGCCGCCCGUGAUGUGCCCGCUGCGGGACCCCGACGCCUCCGUCACGGUCAUCGUCAGCUCCCCCAGAACCGGCAUCAAGUUUCAGGCCGGCGUGCGCGAGUCCACCGGAGACGCCCCGGGCACGGAAUUUCCUCCCCCUGUGUGCCCCCGGUCGGAACGGCGCCCCGUGGACUUGUGCCCCGCGUCGAGAUCCGUGAAGACGGAGCCGCAGCAGCGGGGCGAGCACGGCGCGCCGGGGGGCGGCCGCGAGGUCGCGCGGGAGGAGGACUCGACGUACCCGAGGCUCGUCGACCGCCACGUGGGCGCCGCCGCCCGUGACGCCCCCGGCAGGGACGUGACGCGGAUACGCUGCUCGAGGAACGACGCGGGCGACGCGCUCUCCCUCUCCAACCUGUGCCCCAAGUACCGCAGGUUCCAAGAGGCCUGCCGGCAGGAGCACGGCUUCGGAGGCUCGCUUCGCCUCGAGGCGGCGUCCCCGGAGUGGUGGACGGGCUCCUCGAAGGAACGCUACGGCGACCCCGCUUCAUCACCUUCCAAGCACGAGUCCAACGCAUCUCAGGCGGCGACCAACGAGGCUCGGCACGUGACGAACUUUGGCGUCAAGGAACAGGUUUCGCCGGAGGGGAUGGACCUGGAACACACCGUGUCGCAAGAACCUUCGAUACCUACUACCUCUCGAUUACCACCUCAGAUGGACCCCAGGAAAAGCUUCCUGUGCGGCCAAGCAACCUACAGUUUGCAAUCGUCUUGCCAGCCAGGUGCCCGGAGCCCUCAGUACCCACUUACCUCAGGCUACAGCCCCUCGGCUGUCGUGUGUCCGCUCAGGGGCCGCACCGUUGAUAUCACUUGGGAGGCCGUCGGGGAUUUCUCUCUCCCUCCGGCACGCCGCCGCUCCUCGGACACUCCGGCCACGGAGACGGAAUCCAGGCGGGGGAGCGCGGGCGAGGAAGCGGCUUGCUACGCGCGCGCGAGGAGGCACGGCGGGCUCGCCGGGGAGGACGACGACGACGACGACGAGGAGGAAGAGGAGGACGAGGAGGACGAGGAGGAGGAGGAAGAUGCGGCGGCGGUGCCUGCGGAGCGGGGCCUGUGCGGCGGGGAAAGCAGAGGGUCCGGCGCGGGGCCCUCGCCCAUCAACCUCUCCCUGCCGAGCCACGAGGCGCCGCCGCCGACGUGCCGGCUGCCCCCGCUGUCCUCUGCCGUGCAGUUCGAGCUGUGCCCGGUGCUGCGGCGCUGGGAGCCGGGCCCCGUGUGGCACGGGGACGACGCCCCGGGGCCUCGCCUCUGCUCCCCCCCGCCGGCUCAGCAGUGCCCAGCCUCCGCCGCCGCCGCCGCUUCCUGCGUGUCAUGCACCAGAUACCCAGCGCUGUCCACCAGCCACUCCGGGGACGAGUCGGACUCGUUCUCGGACGACGAGAGUGAACUUUACACGUCGCAGGAGCAGGACAUGUGCAAGAAGGAGAUGAAGCUGCCCUUCCCCAUGGAGAAGAUCUCGCGGCUCCCGCGGAGCGAAUUCCAGGAGCUGCUCAAGAUGCACGCGCUCACCCCCGAGCAGCUCGACUUCAUCCACGACAUGCGCCGCCGCAGCAAGAACCGCCUGGCGGCGCAGCGCUGCCGCAAGCGCAAGCUGGACUGCAUCCACAACCUGGAGACGGAGAUCCACAAGCUGUGCAAGGAGAAGGACCGCCUGCUGGUGGAGCGCGAGCACCUCCGCGUGUGCAUGGACGAGCUCUACCACAGCUUCACGGGGCUAUGCCGGGAGCUCUGCCAGGGCGUGCAGAACAACCCGGCGCACAUGCAGCUCUUGGGCCAGUACAUGUCUCCCGGGGGGCGGCCCCCCGAGCCCCCCCCCGCCGCCCGCCACCUACAGCAGCCGUCCGCGCCUCCGGUCGCGCGUCGCGGUCUCAGCGGCGCGAGGCCGCGUCGUCCCACGGGCGCCGCCGCUAUGGAGGAGGGCGGGGAGGGCGGGGAUGGCGGCCCUCGCGAGGCCGAGGUGGGAGGGGCGGUGUCGGAAGCACCGGCCCGCGACGCCGAUAACCGCGAGGACGGCAGCGGAGGAGGAGGAGGAGCUCUGGGGAGGAACGACGGUGCCGGGUAGCCCCGGGCAGGGCACGUUUGUGAAUCGUUGCCGGUGGGGGGGGGGGAGCCACGUCAGCCGUGAGGUGGCGAAUUCCCCCUCCCUCGAAACGAAAGCAACGCGUAAAAGCAAAACCCCCGGCGGUUUGCUUCUUUUUUUUCCGUGUGAAGCGGUGGCGGUGGUGCAUUUUACAGGUGGGGGAAAGAAAAAUCGAUGCUGAAUGAGCACUACGUGUGGUCACGCGGUCGGUGCUACUCUUCUCACCAGCAUAUCUCAAGGGGGGCCAUCCCAGCAGCCUCGCACACUUUCAAAGGGCUCUGCCGUUGGGGAAGGCCUUGUCAAUCCGGGAGCCUUCACCAAGUGAUGUUUCGUCCAGGAGAAAGGAUGCGUCGAUCACCCGGCCUUUUUCUUCCUACGUGAAAACUGCCCGCAGUUCCAUCGAAAGUCACGAGCGAUGAUGUUGCUGUUAAGAUUAUUAACAGUUACCGGGUCCACAGAGCGCUUCUUGCCAGUUGUACUCACAUAAUGGGACACAUUUUCCUGUCAUGUAUCAACAUCUGUUUCAGUAAUGAGCCAUUUUUUUCUUUUCCAUGGGCCAGGCCUUAGCGGACUGCUGUAAAUCCAGACCUAACCUGGUGAUUUUUACGGGCGACUCGCGACAAUAGCGACGAGAUUCAGGCACCUUUGGGUUGUGCUUGCAACCCUCAAGUGUCUAUGGCGAGUCUGCAGAUCCAACGGUAUGAAAAACCUAACGGUACGUCACUAAAUUCCUGUGACGUCACCUUCUGAAAGAGAUCCGUCGCAGGCGUUCGUGGUUCUAGCCCAGCGGCCGCCCCUAUUAAUACUGCGGGUGGAUUAACCACGAAUGCGCGCCGUCUGCUUCACAGUGGACGUUAAAGAUCCCCCCCCCUCCCCCCGUGACGUUCAUUUAAAAUACGAGGCAACGUCGUCACUGUGCAGGUAGAAACAUUACUGGCACGUUACUUAACUGGGAGCAACCAGCCACCAACAUCAACCCAGACUUAUGCCCUUUUGCAGGCCGGCACUGCAGUGCACCAUUUUGCCGCCGAGUCGGGUAGAGCUGCCACCGGGGGAGGGGGGGGGUCUCCGUGGCAAGCCCCUGGCAGCAGGGCAUUGAAAUGAGAUGCGACGUGAUGCAAGGUGCUUUUGGGUUUUCCGAGGCAUCGACGUGCACUACAAAAUGCAAAUCCGUAUUCUUUAAAAGCCAUCGCCAGUUGGCCACUAAGCGGUUUGAAAAGCGGGCGUGGAGGGGGGAGGAUGUGUGGACGACGGAGUAGGCGACGGUCUUAGCAGGUCGCCCGCGCCAGGGAGACUUGGCGUGACUCUUUGGGUGGGAAUGGCCACUGUGACAGGGCUGGAGUGGGAGACACGAUGUUUGCAGCGUCUGUUGGGCCGCCUGAACCCCCCCCCCCCCCUUUUUUUACUGCGAAAUAACGAUCGCGACGAUCGCCCGGUGGUAUUGUUUGUCGGGCUUGGAGGGAUAUUAAGGUUCUUGUCAACGGCGGCGCAACAACCUCGACAAUUUCUUGCCGAUUCCCAUUGAAAGAAAAUAUUUUUUUAUAUAUUUGUUUGCUUAUGAAGCGAGUUGUGUACAACACACAAAUGCCAUUUAAAAUUUUCUUUCCCGAAAGCAAAUUCCCUCGAAAAACUAAAAAGAUCAAACAUUUUGAAAUAAAAAAGGGGAUGGAAAAGAAAAAGUGUGUACGUGCAUGUAAAACAUUUUACGAGUUCAGGUUUUUUUUUUACAUUGUUAUCAUGUCGCUUUUUUUUUUAAGAAUGUAACUUUUUGCAAGCCCUGUGCGCAAAGCACGCACACGCACAGUCAUUAUCGAGGCGAUUUAGCAUUUCAGGGUUCUUGCGUUUUUAUUCACAACGCGGGUGGAGCGGUGGGGCGGGGGGCGGUAGGGCCUGUGCUUGCGUCUGGUGGGGAGGGUAUCGUCGGGGCGUCCGCAGUCUCGCAGCGCGUGCGCACGUGACCCGGGCUCCGAGUCGACGUGCGCGCGUCGACUCGGAGCCGGGUGGCGUGCGCCGCCAGUGCUGGCUGCGGAUGUUGGUGCGCGUCUUUCCAGACAUCGCCCCCCUUCCCACAGUGCCGGACUCGGGUUGCCGACGGGAUAUUUAAGCACGACGAAAAUGGGAUUUUGUGUCUGUCGCACACCCCUGCAAUCCCAGCGUCUUGGGAGCCCAGGGUUGGCGGCUCACGCGGAGAUGGAGUUAUUGUGUGUGUGACGCCCCCGUCUGCUCGUAGGCAGCGGUGAAGCCGUCUUUGGAGGUUUUAAUCCUCUGUCCUAUAUUCUCCUGGCACUCCGGCUUUUCAUAAAAAUGCGAAAAUAAAUUAAACAUAGUUGGCCGAAUGUCCUCAACUGUCGAUAGGGUUUUUUUUCUUAAUGGGCUUGUCAACAGCUGUGUUUGUAAAACAUUGCAAAAGGCUCAGAAAGCACUUGGCUCUGCCAAACUCACCUCACCUCAACAAUUAGCUCCUCCAGACAUAAUACUUAAUAUUCCUGUCAUUUCCGGAGCAAUUUAUAAAGGAGUAAUUGAUAAAUGGCUGUGUUGCUGUAUAUAAAUAAAAUACUAAGCCUUACUAACUUUAUAGUUUUUUCACAAAAAAAAAAAAUAUUUACAUUUCACAAAAAUACAACUUUUUAAAUCCAAGCAACUGGAAGUCUUGCCACAACUGCCUCGUAUGUAAAGAUUGUCUCUCAUUUUGAAGGCGUCAAUACACCUUCAUUAAAACGUUUUGGGAAGGUUUAAAUUAAAUUCAAAUACCCUCGCGAUUUUGUCGCAACAAGACGUGUUAAGGAGUUUGUUCACUUGAUCACCACGGGUCCCUCAAUCGGUUUGCUCUCCGCGAUUACGUUUGCUCUCCGAGCUUGGCGCACGGCGAGGCGCCCAAGAGGAGUUCUCGCAGCGCUGGCCCAACGCCGAGCGGCACGGCGUUGGGCGUCCGUCGGACUGCAGACCCGACACAGACUGGUGUGGGGCAUGUGUUUUGCGCGCCCAGGUCGUGAACGCAAAAGUAACGUAACUCAUUUGUGGCUUCACUGCUACUUGAUAAACCACGCCGGCAAAGCUGGGUGAGGAGAAGUGCCCUUUUUGCAGACUCCCCUUGACAAUGUCUGUGGGCCCCCCCCCCCCCCCCGUCUAUGACUACGUCGUCCCCGAAGUCUUUUGUACUCAUUUCUUGUUUUACUUGUGGCUCUUAAGAACCGUUUGAUAAAGGGCCCGUGGAGCAGACCCUCAGCGCCAUUAACGCGGCGGGGGAAAUAGUUGCGCCCGUUGGCUGUUGUUCUGCUGGAAAUUAGCAGUCAAUUUCCUCUUCAGCAACAAUAAUCGCCCCCCAACCCGCCGCGUCUGCGGGGCCAGGUGUUGAAUGGUCGAUUAAAAAUGCUACAAAUUCUGUCAGAGAGGCUUGUCACGUUUAAAGUGCACCCUUUGUCUGGUUAUGUAAAUGUUCCUUGGGAUGUCAUCAACAGUGAGCCUUCGGUUCUCGGGCAGUAAUGCUCUCAGGUUAUCAAUUCGUUACCAAAUGUUAAUGGUCACACGGUUUGUUUGUGGUUUCCAUUGGUGCGGAUUCUCUUUUCUUUACAGUGUAACAGACUCCUAAGUCUAAAACAUUCGCUAUUACUCCACCCGCGCAGGCUUUUAUCACACGGGCAAAACCAGCGUCGCCCUUGUCACUGCAAACAAUUACAAUCGAAGCAGACAAACUUUCGUUUUCUGCUUCUCAACAAUUUGUGACUCCGCGUGUUUUUCCCGUCUUAUCUGCCCGCCGGCCACCUGCCUAAGAAAAAAGGAAAGGAUAACAACAACAAAAACAACAAAAAGGGGCUCGAAUAAAAUUCGUUGGGAGCCGCGUGCCCCCGAGGCGCCGCAGUAAAACUGCUCUGCCGCUUCGCUCGUGCUGCCCCCCCACCCUCUCCUCUCGCCACUUUCCGACCUGCGCGUCGCGGUCAUUCCCAUUGGGGGUUUGACGGGCGUUGUUGGUGUGUGCAGGAGGGAUCGUUGGCCGAAUAUAUAUGUUUUGGUGGAUGCACACUUCUGGAAGGAAUGUGUUCCGGAGUGCUGGCUAAAUGACAUACAGGGAUUAUUGGCACGUUGAGUGCAAAAUAAGGAUAGAGAAGAGGACGAGACGUUGUGGUAGCGGUGACGUUGCUUCCCACGUGGUAACUUGGAGGUCAAGGGGAGGGUUCACACAGGGAAUGGAAUCCUGAAUCGCCGGUCCUCGUGAGAGUUUGACGUUGCGAGAUGCCCACCUGGGAACAUGAUGAAGGAGGUAGUACAGCAAGCAGGUUCACUUUGCAGUAAUUCUCCAGAACUCAAGAGAUUUGUCCAGGCCCUUCGGUUUCCUUAUUAGUCUUUCGAUUGAAAGGUCCUAAGACUCGGGUCUUGCCGGGUGAAGAUGUUAAUCGUUCGUAAACAUUGUCGAGGAUUUGCUCAAGUGCUCGUUGGGGGCGUGUGAGUGUUACCUGCACUCGCCCCCCUCGCAUUGGCAAAAAUCCGUACACUCACCAACAGCACCAAUAUCAGGGUGCACCACAGGCAGCUCGGGUUAUCCACAAUACCCCUUUUUAAGAGUUCUUUACUUUCACUUUUCAAGUUCGCUUGUAGCCGCAGUGUGAGAAGUGCGUGUUUUAUUUCCUACAUUGUCACAACAUGGCAGCUGGGCUGGCUAGAAAGCCCUCUUCCACCGCACGGUGGCCCGGGUUCGAUUCCCGCUCAUGGCCAACACCGGUGGCGAUUAUUUGAACCGGUCCUGGGCCUCCCCUAGGUCGACUCAGCCUCAAAUGAGUACCUGGUGCGAUGUGUAAACAUCGCCACUGGGGAGACAAAGGCGGUCGUGCGUGGUGCUGGCCACCCACCCCCUCGUGUACCGUUCCGGCCUUCAUAGGUGCUCGCUAACAGCACUUGCCCCUACAGUCUGUUAAGGCUAUACGGGGGAUCUUUGUCUUUUUGUAGCAGGCCCUCUACGUUGCUGUAUUGCGUGAUACGGAUAGCCACAUUUCCUGGUCCUUGAUGGGGCCCCCAUCCGAGCACUGCUUGAUGGUCCAUGCGAGUUGUGUGGACCCCCCCCCCCCCCCCGUGGCUUUCUUCCUCCCAUCGUCGCUGCAGCACUGCGGGAGUGAUGAGCACGCUGGGCAGCAGCAGCAGUUGCAGCAGUUGCAGCAGUUGCAGCAAACCUGGCACUGCCAUCUCGUGGACAGAUUCUCAGUCAAAACGUGCAUCGCUGUUUGACAGCUGCACAUUUUAAAUGAGCAAAGGCAACAUUUGCUUUGAUACAAACCACAUUCUAAUUGUCAAAUGCCUUCGCGUUUGCAAGUUGAGACCAACAAAUAAGGACGAUCAAAGGUCUCUCUAAAUAUUAAAUAUCCAAGUACGGUUGAAGUGCAUCUGUUCACUGGUAAACUAUCUUCAAUGGGGCAUUGUCUUAUCAAGCAGUGUGAACAGGUCUGCCAGUCAACACGACAAAACACUUUACCCACUCUUACGUGCCAUUUGUGAGCUCUGCCCCUUGCACUUGGGCAUUGCAGGCUGCACGGCCGCACGGGGCCUGCACACAUUCGGCACUCGCGACGAAUUGCGAUGGGUGAAGUCACUCGUGAACUCCUCUCCGUGGUUGGGUCGACCGAAAUCCCACGGCGUUUCCACAACACCGACUUUGUUUCUCCGCCAACCCACGAACUUUCUCCACGUUUAUUCUUGAGGUGUCUUUUGUGGACCCUCCCCGCCACGUUGCAACAUUCUGCGAGUAAGUCGGCGAGCAGCGAAGCGGGUUUAGAUUUGGUGCCGGAACGUGUUUGGAGAAGCGCAGGACUCGCUCAGUGCCCCCCGCCCCCCCAGGUUCUGUUCGCCAACCACAUUGGUGGGUCCUUUUUCAUUUGAGUCCUUUUUCAUUUGAGUCCUUUUUCAUUUGAGUCGAGCCUGAAGCGGGGGGGGGACGGCACUCCCUUCCCAAACUCCACUCGUACCUCGGCACCGUCAUGAAUGGCCGUGCGGCAUGCGACGUGUGGGGAUCAUCUCUUUCCCGGAUGCGGACCCUUCGUCGUGUACCUCGUUCUUUUGUUUAACAACAACAACAAUGUUGUCGUUGUUGUUUAACAACAAUGUUGUAGUCCGUGCUUACGACUGGGUUUGUUUCCGGCAGCCCACGGUAUUCCAGUUUGAAACCCGCUCAUUUCACUCGCCAGGAGGUGUGGAGGCUUCCACGAGUGGCUGCAGCAGGGCUGCGUGGUCUGCACGUGGUAUUCAUACCCCAGUGUUCCUCGCAAGAGAUGUGUGCUGGCUCUCGCCUGGGUUGAGUAAAACGACAACUUCUACCUUCACAGUCUCUAAACAGACGCCCCCCCCCCCCGAGAGUUGAGCAUCGACUCGUAUUGGAGAGCAGAACGUUUAGCUCAUAUGAGUUUCUAACUGUGUCUGUCGGUGGCGUUGUACGCACAGUUUUUUGUUUCAGUGUUAUGAUGGCAUGCAGCUUUUCCACAAAUUUGUAAAAAAUUAAACAAAAAAAACCAAAGGCACUAACUACAAAGUAACACUAAGGUAUUGAAAAGCAAAAACUAUAUAUUGCACAUGUAAAUAUCACUUGCGAUUGAAUGCAUUGAAGAAGUGCAUUUAAGCAUCCUCGUCCCUGACUCUGCGGUGGCUCAACGUGUCGUCUCGAUGCCCCUGUGGUGAUUCCACUGUCCCACCGAAGCAAAGUAUAACAGCUUCAUUAUCGUCAUUGUAUUCAAAUUCCGAACUAAUUUCUGCCCCCCCCCCCCUAAUGUUUACAAGUUAGCACCUUAAAUGGAAGAGCCGCUAUGCUUGAUUGCAAUUAUAAAGGUCACAUCAUAAUUGGUAACUUAUCAUCCUGUGAAACAAGGAAAUGUAAUUAUGGCACUGAGCAAAUGUAACAUUACAUUUACUAAUAUAUGUAAUAGUUUUUUAUGUGUUUCUAAACACAAAUAAUUUGUUAUGUUAUCCUUUUGAAGUGUAUAUGCUUCAAGCCUUUACAAGGCAUUUCUCACCUUGGACGAUAGCACGUGCUCUGGCUGCUUUGAGGCGCCUUUCUCUCCUGGAACCGACGUUUCCGUUCUUGUGCCGCGGUAGCGACCGCGUUUGUACCGUGGCCCCAAAAGCAUCACGGUGGCUGUGAGAUGUUAACCACUUCCCCUGGUAUGCAGGAGGUCGUGGGUUCGAUCCCGACCCUGACGCCUGCUGCUGUAUAUUGGGAGUUGGCUUCUCUCUCCCCGUGAGUGCGUGGAUUUUUUUCGAGUCCUCCGGUUUUUCCCUCCACAUUUAGAAAUAUGCGUCUCGAGUAUUUGACUGCGAUCCAUUUCCACACGAUGAUGAUAAGCCACUUCGUUGAGGAGCUGUCGUUUAUAAGCAGUUCGCUUCUGAAAAAGAGCUAAAUGUAGCUGAGUGCGUCUUAAGCUGGUCAAAGAAAAAAUAGUUUUAGUUUAGCUGUGGCCAGAAGCCUUUCUGUGAAAACUCGUCCAAUCAGAGGUGUCGCCUGAUUGCGGAAAAGGAACCUCCCCCCUCCUCCACUUAUUUGUCUUAGAAACUAAGUCUGGCCCACACUGUUACCAUCGGGGAAACCUGGCGGUGUGGCGACGUCGUUCUAGUACCCGACUCGCUGUUCACAGCCAGUGGAGUCGAGUGGGCCGUGGCCACAGACGCCCUGGGACUUGGGGCUGCCUCGUGCUCGCUUUGCCACGCGGAGAGAUUCCUGACAAACCACUCGGCGAGCGCGUUCAGAACCGACACCGUUGUCGGAUCAGGCCCGCUGUAAUAUCAACACAGCAAGCGGCCUUUCAACGUAGCCUCUUGAGUGUUUGAACGCCCGCUAAUGGCUGCUGUGCCUGGUGGAGGACGAAGGCUUUGCUGUGCGCAAGCCACGACAAGCGAUGACGACGAUCGACCGAUCCCAGACCUUUGGUAGGUUCGUCCUGUCGCCUCGUUCUGAUUCUCAGAACAUGAAAUGCGUUCCUUCCGUCCUUCCGUGGGGCGAAGAGUGGCAGCCCUUAUAAGUCGUCAACAGAGCAGCCCCCCCACUCCGUCUUCCAUUGCAAAUAUUCCCUGUCACUGAACACUUGCGGUGCUUGUUAGGACAGAAUAUAAACUGUGGAGUCCCACGAGAGAAAGCAAGUGUUUGUAAAGUCUGUGACAUCUCGAAGGUAAUUAUAACUGCUUUAAAUCUGUGCGAUUUUUCGAUGAUUGUGGCAAAUUUUCGGAAAUUAUCGUACAAAACACGGCUCCGGUCAUUCGUGAUGCGUCUCGGAGCCCGCGGCCCGCGCUCGUUAAUACGUCCGCGUUACCACGACAUCAGAAUCUGAAUGGAGGAAUCCGAUGAGCUAUAUAGCUCUUGUCCACAGAUGUCCAGUCUGGGCGAGUAAGAGCGUUACAACAACAAACAGGACAAACACGAUAGCAGUGCCAAGUACAGGCAAGGUAAACAAGUCACCCAAACACUUACAGAUACAACUCAACCAUCCCCAUCUUCCCAAACAAAGUCCACUGAGGUAUGAACUUAUUUCUAAAAUGCGACCUGGCCACAAAUGAUAGCGCAGGAACGUGUCUUGUCAUGUGGACAUUUGUCGCAGCAAAAUUAUCUGAAACGCAUGUUUCUAAAUGUGGAGGUAAAACCCGGAGGACCCAGAGAGAGAAAAAAAACCACGUCAGGGUCGAGAUCGAACCCACGACCUCCUGUAUACCAGGCGAGGUAGUUAACAUCUCCUAGCCACCGUGGCGGCGGCCCUUAAAUACAUGAAGUAUACAAGUUCAAAUUGCAUCAUCAAGUCCCAAGCGUCCGCGUUACCCCGACAGCGUUAAAGAGCCAACACACACCGCGUCCCCCCGUGUUGCCGCUUGACUGCAGACCCCACAACACACGAAGCGCGCACGUGCGUUCCCAAGAGAUGAUGUCAAUGCAGGACCCUCUGCCGCUUUUUAAUUGCAACACAGACCAUCGUGAAUAUCCUGCCUUUUAAUAACUUCCUUCGCAGGGGUGUGGUACUUAAUCGAACAACAAUGUGUUACGGUAUUUUCGCGUUGUAACAACACGCGUUUGUGCAUUAAGGUUGUGGAAUGAGAUACGCAGGCGAACGCAGUUGUCACGUGGCACACCAAGCUGCUGCUCUUCCGGUUGAUCCGUUUGUGAUGCUGCGUUGGUUUGGCUGUUCAUCAUUGGCCGCCGUUUCUUCGACUGUAACACUUGGGGCUUGGGGUUUUGCCUCUUCCCAACAAAGGCCAUCAGAAUAGAAUCGCCACAGUGCCUGUGUAUACGUAUACACAGGCACUGUGUAUACUGUGUAUACGUAUACACAGGCACUGUGUAUACUGUGUAUACGUAUACAGGCACUGUGUAUACUGUGUAUACGUAUACACAGUGCCUGUGUAUACGUAUACACAGGAGGCAGUCCAUUGUCAUCCGGUAGUGAGAUGCUAGAAAUUUGUGCCAACCUAUCGGGCACAAUUUGAAGCCCCGUUUAGUGUCGGAAUGUAUCAUCACUGUGGGGAGUAGUCUGAGGAUACAAAUUCACCCCCGUACUGAGCAAAUGAAUUGUCACAAUUUGGGCACACAUGGAUUCCCAACUCCCCCCCCCCCCCCUCCUCAAAUGUUACUGUCUUGUUUGUAUAGUUAAUUCUGUAUGAUUUGUCGUUUUUCCCACUCCACUCACUUCAUAAUUGGCAUAAAAUGUGCAGAAAUAAUGGGCGGUCGCUUGUGAAAUGCACGAUUUGAUCGUUAGUGUAAGAAUUGGUUUUACCAGUUCAAUGGAUGGCAUCCUUGUAUGCCUGGAACCGUAUGUGUCACUGAAAAAGUGGGCGAGUUUUACAAAAAGAUGUUGGGUCCUAUUUACUAAACAUUUUGACUGCCUCGUGUAUAUUUGUCCACAAUGCCGUGUGACAUUGAAUUACAUAAAGUCAACGAAACAUAGUUUGUCGUGUGACUGUCUACAUACUUUAAACAUUUCAUCCUCAACAUUUUUCAUUGGUCACUUUUUAGACAUAUCGUGAUGGAUGCAUGGUCGUGAUACAGCUCGGCUGCUAAAGCAGCAAGGUUUUCACUCGUGCAAUCCUGGACAAAAUUAUCUCAGCCAUGUCCUCCACAUCGCCCUCAAUCAUCCCCUGGGAAUCAGUAAAAUGAGCUGGGUGAUUGGAAGUCAACGGACGUUGUCCGUGAGAGAGAGGCAGCCCUGCCCGAGCAGUGAUGGAAAUUGCCAAGUCAACAUCGUGAGGCCAGUCGAUUGAAUUGUCGUAAGGAAAUGCCAAUUUACUCUGGAGAGGUGAUGAGUUGAGUCGGUCCCACGUUAUUACUCGAUCGGUGGAAACGCAGUCUAAAUGCAUCUUAUUCAUAACGUUUAACUUACACUAUAUGCAGUAUACACAUUCUCAGGGGCAAUCGAAAAGCCAUGAGAACGGGCUAUUAAAAGUAUUCACAGGCUAAAACUGUACUCAUUUGUUCAACUACUCGGUGUACUGACAUGUGAUGCUUUAAAAGAAGCCAAACUCUGUUAGUGGAAAAUUCUUUCGUAUGUCCUCAACAAGGCAUUGAGCGGCCUUCAUGCAUAUCGCAUCCACUAAAAACAAUCAUAGUCAAAGAAUAAAGUGGAUGCGCAGCUGAGAGGAACAACUGUCACAUUAAAUUUCGAUUUAAAGCUUUCGUGACUGCAGGGAUUCAUCUUCUUUGUUCUUUCGGUAAAGUCACGUAGAAGGAAAGUGAUAAAAUAAUAAAAAUAAAACAUAAUAAAAUCAAAUAAUUAUUAUGUUUUAUUUUUAUUAUUUUAUCACUUCCCUUCUACGUGACUUUACCGAAAGAACCAAGAAGAACUGUCACAUUGUGCCAAGAACGGGGUGCUGUGUGUGCGUGUGUGAUCUGUACACCAGGAGCCUCGUGCUCGAUUUCCAUGCACUGCUCAACGACCCCAUGCUUGAAACUGUAGUUGUUUAAAUCGUGUUUGAAUUAACAAAAAAGACCAAUCAGUCGUGCGCGCACCGUGUGGUUUGAACGAUUCCACUGGAAUUGGACCCAUUCCUGACUCUCGGAAUUGGUCCAAUUCCUCACGUUUUAUGCCAUGGGCAGCACGGCUUAUAAAGUCAUGGGGGGGGGGGAUUCAAGGUCCUGCCAAUGUCUCCAGCCUGGCUUUGCUUACGACUGGGCAUGGGAAACAAUGCCUCACUUUCUCCAGGUAUAGCCGUGGGUUGUGUACAAAGUUGCAAUGGUAACUUCCGUCUUUUUCACUUCGCUUUGUUUUUGCCAAACCGAACUGUAAAACAUCUCUUUAUAAAAAAAAGUAUUGCAUCAAAAGCAUUUUGUGUAAAUGUAUGUUUUAUGCCUUUAUCAACACGACACAUCUACUUAUCUGACAAACUAUGGAAAUACGCUAUUGUUUAUGUAUCCAGGCUUGUGCCUGGGCUCAUCUGGAGCAUUUCACAUCUCAGGAACCUUUAAUCGGGUCGUUAAACAUAGACGGUUUUAUUUGCCGAGAACAUUUGUGCAAGCAUUGGCAUUUUGAAAGUUAAUUUUGUUUAUUUACAUCCAUAACAUUCGACAAUGUCAAGAAUGAACAAAAGCAAUUCCUGAACGAGAAGGGGGUGAAAAAAGCACUUGGAAAAUGAUUUAACAUUUACAUUUUUACAACACUCGGUUACUUGUUACGAGAAUUCUCGAUUUUUGCAUAAAUGUCGUUCUCUCUUUGUCGCACUUCAAAUGACAGGCUGGUGAAGAUUAAGCAUGCAUGCCAUUUCCUUUUCCGUAAACAAAGCCAUGUUAAACGUUUAUCCUUCUACAAGCUGUUUGAAAUGUAACCUUUAAAAAAUGAGUUUCAUUGUAAAAAAAAUGAAUUUCCAUUUUCUUACAGAUAGCCUAGUACUCUGCAUAACCGACUCAAACAUAACGCAUUAACCCCUUAAUCUGCCGCUUGUACUUUGUAAAGGGAAGCCCUUGUGGUAUGUCCCUGUUCGUCAUGAGUCUGCUGAACACCGCUGGGUUAACAGGAACACGACGUGUGACUCCUUCCGCGACCGGUCGGGUUGUUGCAGCUCGCAUUGCCAUGUGGGACUGGAGCUGAUUGUAAAAUAAAUGCUGCCAACUCGGCUGACCAUGAACUCGCGGAAAGGCACAUCAUUGCCUUGGAUGUGCUCCGGUCAUUUUCAUAAUAUUUUUAACAAAGAUUGUGCUACAUUUGUUCUAAGGAGUACCUACAUUUCAGAUGUUAAAUUGUAUUAAAUAUGAAUUUCAUUUUUCAUGGAGUAAUCUUUUAUUUAAAUUUACAUUUUUAUAUACGAACGUGAAAUUAUGUGAAAGCAUUUUCACUAUCUGUGGAAUGUAAAACACAAUUUAAAUGUAUGCCGUAUGUUUAAAUUGUGUGUGCCAUGUUCUUUUUUUCAAGAAUAUUUAUCAACACCCUUGCAAAACUUACGGGAUGGAUAAUGGGUUGAUGCUUGGUCACAUGGAUAAACCUUGGACACGUUUAACACCGAGGUUUCCAGUUCAGUUGGCGUUGACUGAAGAACCUUCCUGGAACGUUGUACAGUUGGGAUACAAUUACGUGUGCAGACACAUUAAUCCAGCCAUGAUGCGGAGAGGCUUUUGGCUCGGAGUUCCAAUUUAUCGCUGUAGAAUAAGGAGGCUAUUUUUUAUAUCAGCAGUUAACAAUGUAGAUAUUCACUGCUUUUUUUGUGCAAACAUCCACCCUGAUGCACGUGUUUAUGCAUCGGGCCAAAGCAAAGCGUCGAUAAGGGGUACCGAUUUGAUUAUGGAAUCAAUUGGAGUGAAAUAUUUGACGUGUUCUUUUUAUAUUACAUGAUCCUGUUAAUCAUGACAAUGAAUAAUACACAAUAAACUCAUUCCCCCCUGAA